UCUUCAAUCCUCCGCCCAACUUCUACAUUCGUUGAUUCAACCAUUACAGCUUCUCCAUUGACUACCAUCAUUAUAUUCCCAAUCCACAUUCCAUUUCUCUCUUAAUUCCUCAAUUAGUUUCAUUAUACUCGAAUUUCUUUCACAAUCGCCAUUCCAAUACAGGGUAAAAAAAUCUCACAAUGAACGAUCUGUUCUCCACAGAUUCCUUCCGCCGCGAGCAGCAUCAGCACCCCCAUUACUCCGUCGAGAUGUCCGUCGACGCGCCGUCGUCAACAACGAUCAAUCUCAACAGCUUCUUCGACGACGUGGAGUCCGUGAAAGCAGAAUUAACGGAGCUCGAUCGGCUCCAUCGAAGCCUCCAGAAUUCCCACGAACAGAGCAAAACUCUGCACAAUUCGAAGGCGAUUAAGGAUCUCCGAUCGCGAAUGGAAUCGGAUGUAACUUUAGCUCUGAAGAAGGCUAGGUUUAUCAAGCUCCGGUUGGAGGAACUGGACCGGUCCAAUGCAGAGAACCGGAAUCUUCCUGGUUGUGGCUAUGGCUCCUCCGCCGACCGGUCGAGAAGUUCCGUUGUCAAUGGAUUGAGGAAGAAGCUGUGUGAUUCGAUGGAGAGCUUUAACAGAUUGAGAGAGGAGAUUUCGAAGACGUAUAAGGAGACGAUUGAACGGAGGUAUUUUACAAUUACAGGGGAAAAUCCUGAUGAGAAGACUGUUGAUUUGUUGAUCUCUACAGGCGAAAGCGAAACAUUCUUGCAAAAGGCAAUACAAAAGCAAGGAAGAGGCAGAGUUUUGGAAACAAUCCAAGAGAUUCAAGAAAGGCACGACGCAGUGAAAGACAUAGAGAAGAAUUUGAGAGAGCUACACCAAGUUUUCAUGGACAUGGCGGUGCUGGUUCAAGCGCAGGGGCAGCAGUUGGAUGACAUUGAAAGCCAAGUUACUCGAGCCAACUCCGCCGUCAAGCGUGGCACAACGGAGCUACAAACUGCAAGAUACUACCAGAAAAAUACCCGCAAAUGGAUCUGUAUAGGCGUCAGUGUUCUUGCAGUCAUUCUCUUCAUUAUUAUCAUCUCUGUCGUCCUCUCAAAGAAGAAGAACAACAACUAGCUACUGGUCGGUUGCCUUCAGUUCGGGUUGUCGUCACUGGUGCUCUUAGCUUGGUCGUGCACAUUAGUUCGUGAGUUGACUUCACCGGUAUUCGUGGGUUUUCGGUUAGUUUUCUCGGCGUGUGGGUGUUCCUGUGGGUUGUCGUCACCGGUUUUCCUUAGAUCUCUAUCGUCGUGGGCUUCUUCCAGUGGUGGGUCAUCGUCGUGGGUGUUCUCCAGUUGCUUUUGGUUGGUUUCCGUCGGCGCGUGGGCUUUCUCGGAGUGUUCUUUGCUGGCGUGCGUGGGUUGUCCGAUGGGUCGCGUGGUUUGUCCGGUUGUUCAUGUGGUUUGCCCCGUUGUUCGAGUGUUCAUUGUCCGGUGGGUUGUCCGGUUGCUUUCGUGGGGUUUUGAUUUGUCAGAUCAGUGAGCUUUUAGUUUUUUGUCAGCGCGUGGGCUUUCGGUGGUUCCGAUCGUAG